GCUCGGCCGGAGCAAGUUCCGCGGUCGUCCGCCGACUCUUGGCGGCGCUGACGUGCGUUACGCUCUUACGACAAUUUUGUUUCUACUGUGAAAUCACCAGUGUUAUUUGUUUAUAUUUUAUAACAUAGCCAAUGGAUUGAACCACAUCGGUCACUGGAUCUGCCGUUAGCAGUGUUGUGUACUGUACGUGUUUGUGUGAAACCCGAAGCAAAUACUAUUGUGAAACGGGUCGGCCGUGUUCGUUUAUGUGCUGAAUGGUGAUUAAAAGUAAUUUACUUUGCUUUUACGGUGUUGAGGGUCGGUGCGUAUCGAUCGUAUAUUGAAAGACAAAGCGGUGGAUUGUUAUUGUGGCGUGGAGGAGGCCGGUGCAGUGAUAGGUGUGUCGAGCACGGAGCGCCGCCAGUCUCGUGCAAGGAUCGCUACCGGGAUGCCAGCGUGUCUAGUGAUAGUGCAUUGAGAUCGUGCCGUACCUAGCGUAGUGUUAGUGUAACUAUAGUGCAUCAAAGUGCUGAAUGGAUUGUGUCUCUUUUGGAUUGCCAUCGAGAGUCAUCGCUAGAUCAACUUGGGAACGGGCUACAAUGGUGUGUGCGUGUGCGGGGCAGCGGGGGGCGGGCGCGGGCAGCCGGCGCGCAUGGCGGCGCCAAUGAGGGAGGGCGCGCCGGCCGGCGGAGCUCGCCCCGCGCCCCACGCGCACCCCGCCAACUUCGAGUACGAUGACAACGAGUGGGACAUCGGCAUCGGCGACCUCAUCAUAGACCUCGAUGCCGACAUAGAGAAGACAGACGAGGCGGGCGGCAUGGCGGCGCGCGCCGAACCCGACGCACAGCGCACCGCGCUCAAGAUGAAGAUCAAGCGCACCAAGCCUGGCACCAAGAGCUCCGAAGCCAAACACGAGAUCGUCAAGUCGAACGAGAUGAACGGCGAACCUAAGGCGUCGGUGCCCGCGCAAGCCGCGCCGCCCGCCGCCGCCAAGCGCGGCUCCGGGGGGCACCGGAGAGACAAGGCGCGAGACAAGCACCACCACCCGCACCCGCCGCACGACGUCAACGGCGUGGCCCGCGUGCCGCCGCCGCCCAACGCGCCCGGCCCGCCCGCGCCGCCGCCGCACCCGUCCGCGCCGCCUGCGCCCGCGCCGCACGCCGCGCACGCUCCGCACGCGCCGCACGCCGCGCCCGCCAAGCCGGAGCCGCGGCCCGCGACCGCGCCUCGCCUAGACAAUAAGCCCCCCGCGCCUGCGCCCCCUGCGCCUGCCGCCCCCGCGCCCGCGCCCCCUCCGGCGCCCGCGCCUGUGCAGCAUCCGCCGCACGCGCAUCAUACCUCGCAUGCGACGCAUGCUCCCUCCACACCUUCCAAACCUGAACCUGAUGACUCGCGGCAAGAAAAUCACAGUUCGCAGCCGCCAGCCAAGAAACAAAAAACAGAACCUAAGGAAACUGCAGAAGUAUGCGUGGGCACGUCUGUGGGCACCAUCACGGAGCCGGACUGCCUGGGCCCCUGCGAGCCUGGGACCUCGGUCACGCUGGAGGGCAUCGUGUGGCACGAGACGGAAGGUGGUGUACUAGUAGUGAAUGUGACGUGGCGAGGGAAGACUUACGUAGGAACGUUACUGGACUGCACGCGACACGACUGGGCGCCACCGCGGUUUUGUGACUCCCCAACUGAGGAGUUGGAUGCACGGACGCCUAAAGGUCGAGCGAAACGUGGCCGCGGCGCAGCGCCGACCGACAUGACAAACUUUACCGAGACGCGGUCAUCGGUACACAGCAAGCUACGAAAUGGUGGCGCGAAGGGACGGAGAGCGUUGCCUUCUCCUACGCCGUUCACGCCACCGAGACCUGACUCCAAAAGAAAACGCACUUCGGAAGCUGAGGAAAGACCUCCAACGCCGAAAGCUAAACGUCCGCCUCCCACACCGUCUUCCCCUCCCCCUGAUCCCGUCCUCCUUGAAUGUCCAGAGCCGAAUUGUUCGAAGAAGUACAAGCAUGCGAAUGGCCUCAAAUAUCACCGGUCACACGCGCACGGCUCGCCCGACGAUGACGACAAGGACGGCUCUAGCUCCGAGCAAGAGGAGCCGGCAGCUGAGCCGGCGUCACCGGCACGACCGCCAUCCGCCCCGGCCACGCCCGCCACGCCGGUGAAGUCUCCCACGCCGGCCAAGUCGCCUGAAGCCAAGGUUGACAAGUCACCGGAGAAGUCUCCCGAGAAGCCAGAAGUGGACGCGGAGUCUCCGCAGCAGCCUCGGUUCGCUGAGGAGUUCAUAACGGCGUCUGAGCCUCCGCCCGUGGUGGACCGGCCGCAGACGCCGCCGCAGCCACCAGCCACGCCGCCUGACGCACUGCCCACGUUACAACCUACACAGUUUAAGGUGAAGCCUCGGUCAGCUCUGAUGGCGGAGGAGCGCAAAUCCACGGAGUCUCCGGCGGAGGAGUCUCCCGGCAAGAAGCGCGCGCGUCGCUCGCCGACGCCGGGCGUGCGGUCGCCGGCCUACUCCGACAUAUCGGACGACGCCGCGCCGCCCGACGCGCCUCCCGACGACCCUGCGCACAGGCCCUUCCCGGUCUACCAUCAGUUCUACGGGCAGCCGUCGUACAUGCCUCCCUCACAUCCUCCCCCUGUGCUUCCUCAGUCUUCCGACAAAGGCAAGGAGGAUCUCUCCAAAGGCGACCCUAAGGGUGAUCUCAAAGACGGCAAACCAGACAACGGACCUCAGAAAGUGUUACCACAGCACUUUUACCCUUACAAUUACGUUCCAAACUUCCCUUACAACGUGGAGCCCGGUGGGCCUCCACCAGGACCGCCCUUAGAAGACAAGAGCAAAGACAGUGACCGUUCGAAGACCACCCCUAGUCCGUUAGACAAGAGUAAGCAACAGCGACCCCCUGAUGGCAAAGAGAAUCCGGCUCGGCCGAAUGAUAACCACCAGAUAUUGAAGGAAAGCAUUGAAAUGAAGGCGCAGAUGGGCCCUUAUGCCUUCCAAAGACCUCCGCUUGGGAGAGACGAGGAAUUGAGAAGAUACUACAUGAAUUUUGAUCAAAGAAGAAAAGAAGGGGGCAACGAGUCGAAGCCCCCCGGGAUGGCGGCGGGGGCCAGCGGGCCCGCGGGGCCGGGGAGCCGCCCCCCGCCGCAGCCCGCGCACAAGCAGCCCCCCAAAGACAAGGACGAUAAGCCCAAAGAGGAGGUCAAGACGGAGCCUUUGCCGCCUGAUCAGCACUACCCACCCUAUGGCAGGGACCGAUACCCUAAGGUUAAGCAAGAAGGUCAGAAGCCGACAACAGAGACGCAAGGCCCGCCGCCGCCGCCGACCUCGCAGUACUACCUGCCGCCGUACAUGCAGCCGGGGCACUACGGCGCGCUGCCCUUCGACCCCAUGUACCGCGCGCCGCUCAGCCCUAUGCUGGUGAGCGGCUUCGGCGGCGGCUGGAGUGUCCCCCGCUACCACGCGCCCGAGGACCUGUCCCGCCCCGCCGGCGCCAAGCUCGACCUCAUGCCGGGCGUCGCCGGCCCGGGGGCGCAGCACCCGCCCAACUUCGCGUACGGCGGCGCUCCUCAUAAGAUACAUGAGUUGCAGGAGCACGCGAAGUCCCCGCAGAGCAAGCCCCGCGCGGAGGCGCCGAAGGAGCCCGCGCCGCCGCCGCGCUCGCCGCGCUCGCCGCCGCCGCAGCGCCACGUGCACACGCACCACCACACGCACGUCGGCCUCGGCUACCCGCUCUACCCGCCGCCCUACCCCGGGGCCCGAUAGCACGGGACGGACGAGCGGGCCAGCCCCGCCCGGCCCUAGCUAUCCGUAGAGAGAUGAUAGUCGAGGCGCUAUGUCAGAGACAGUAAUGGAAGAUUAUGUUUUGCAGCGGCGGCCGUGCUGGCCAGCACGCAGGCCGUAGUCAACUCGUUCCCGACGCCGCCCAAAUGAGAGCCGCCAUGACGCCCCGCGGGCCCCGAGCCGCCGCGAGACCGCCGCGCGUAGACGCCGCGGACGUACCGCGGACUGUAUCUCUAUGCCAGUAGCCAUAAUUUAAACACUGUGAUCUCGCGUAACCCACAAAUGUGUAUGUGAUGUGCGCUUUGAAUGUUAUAGAAUGUGUCCGGACCGAUAGUUACCUUUUAUAGUUGAAGAGUGUUGUGUUAUGUUGGACUCGUCGAUGGAUGUUGUGGGCUGCGGGCGGCGCGGACCUGCCCCCGUACGCCACGUUUCAUACGUUACUAGUGGAAGCACAAACUAGUUUUGUACAUAUUAGUGUUAUGUGUAAAGUACCCUACGAUUGUUAGUGUUCCAUAAGGGUUAUGUAAUAUAAACAUCGAAUUUUCCGAUUCUCCCUCUGGGCAUUGUACUGAAGUUUGAAGCCCCGUGUCUAAAAUUUAUAUCAUUGCGAAUACAGCCUAGUAAGAUCUUUAUUUAUGAUAUCUGCAUUCCACAAAACGAAAGCGAGCGUAUCUAGAUUUAAAGUAUAAUAUUAGUUAAGUUUUAAGUAAUCUAGUGUAAGUUUAAAGGCGUCAAUGUGAUCAUUACAAUAUGAGUCGUAGCGUGCACAAAUCGUACUCUGUCUCGAUAUAGUGAACAAUGACUUAUUAUUAUAUAACGUAGAGAGCAUCCUAUAGAUUCGUCGAGUGUUUCAACAUCGCUGUGCGUGUAUGUAUGUCAGGCUUUUAAUCAUAAAUAUUAAAAUCUCAUAGUCCGAUAUUUCUCAGUUACAAGAGAUUAGGGUUUCUGUACUGCACAAUAGAUAAGAGUGGCAUUCUCCUGUGUUCGACGACAAUAUUAUUUCCAUGCAUUUAACAUACCAUUGACUUCCUAUUAGAUUGACUCAACGGGAAUGUAAGCUAUUGUUUCGUAGUCUUCCAAUCGGUUAACGUGGGGAACUCUUAUUGUGUUGAUGCAUCUAUUUUGUAUUGAAUAUGUACUGAGGCGUUUGUUAUUUAAUUUGUAACUGUUCAGCCGGCGCGCGCGAGUCGCGGCACUUCUGUCGGCAUUUCACCUUCCUAGAGACAUUUGUAACACAAGAUUUAGACAAUUACAUUCAAUAUAUUAUUGUAUUGUAGUGAUAUGGUAUUAUUUUCAUGACAUUUUAGUAAAUGUACGCGCGUACCUGUUUCAUAUUAAAUUAACAAGAACAAUGUUUUGUAGAAAAUGCGGGGCCUAAAUACCAAUGUUUGUAUGGUAUAACCAAAUAAAACAAGUCUGCAAUGAAUAUUGGAUACCCAGUGACUUUCUAUCUCUUGUUGUAUACUGUGGCUUCUGAGCAAAUAUCUACUUAACUUUAUCAGAAUCUAAUUGUUCGGUUGAUUAUGAUUCAUCAAUGUGAUUGUUGAUUAAAAUAAGAGUGAUUAAUAUUUAGAUGAGAGGAAGAAAAAGCAAAUUGCAAAUUAAUCAUAAUCAACUAAUUUGGUUUCAGUAUAUCAGUAGGGAAAAAAUGUUGGAACAAGAAUUCUGUUAAUGUCUAUAAGUAUUUAAGCCAUAAAAAUGUGAAUUGGAUUUUUUAUUGAAUAAUAUCUUAAUUGCAUACUGACUCGUUAAAUGUAAGAAUGUGAAAGCUAUACCUGAAAGUACAUGAGCACUAGGUGUUCUGAUGUGUGGGCCGGCUAACAAGUACUGUAAAAGAUAACAAAAUAGUAAUAAUCAGUUGUGAUUACUUCUAUUUUGAGAUAUUACAUUGUAAUCAUGAUUAACUAGCCAUUGAAGUCUCAUGAACUCAGUAUCACUGCUCAAGUAUUCAGUUAAGGCUUGUAGCAGUAUGCGGUGUCGCAAUGCGAUGCGGUGUAGCAAAUAUAGGAUUUUAACAGAGAUGCGAUAAUUUAGCAAAUUGAGUGGGGCAUGCGAUGCACCGUAUAGUAAAUAUGAGCAGGAAGUUAGUGUUUGGUACCGUCGCCGGUACCAGGCGAGCAUGGCCGGCAGGAGCUGACGUGCCUCGCAGCGCUCGGUGCAUUGUCCUCGGACGCAUAGACUGAUCGAUGUUUCGUUUCGAACCCCGUUCAACCACGGAUAUUAUUACGCUUUCAUUCAUUGUGUACCAAUCGCAACUUGGUAUUACACUUGAUCAUUGUAUUUAUAAUGUAUCAAUAUAUAUAUAAAUGAACAUUUGUGUAUUUUUUUGAUGUAACUAAAGCCAAGUUUGAUUUUACUUAGAAAAGAAUUCGAGACGUUGAAAAAAGGAAUAAUAAAGAUAAAUUAUUUCUUAAAAAAA